AUGGAUUUCCUCAAGAACGCUGCCGAAAAGGCCACCGGCGGAAGUGAGCACAAGGAGGAGAACAACAACCAGCAAAAUGACGACUAUGUUGACAAGGCCUUCGCUAUGGGUGUGAAGAAGUCUGGUUACAGCCUCGACCGCAGCACCCAGGAGAAGGUCACUGAUGGUGUCCGCGACGCUUUCGAGAAGGCUACUGGCAAGAAGCUUUCUGAGAAUAUCUCCAACUAG